UCAUUGUCGUAUUCCUUCCUUUUCCGGGAGAAAUGCAAUCAGUUCCCCAUUAGCACCGAACCAGCCUUGAAUACAACAUAUUCAAUCCUUGUCCGUUGAACAAUAAGAACUGAUUUCCACAGAUUUUCAGGUCUUUUUCCCAUUUGUAAAUCGAUUUUAGUUAUUUUCUGGUUUCUGCACAGAGCUUAAACCAUUUAACCAGUAGAGUGAGUUUCAUUCAGUAAAGAACUAAAAUGUGGCUGGAGAAGGAGAAUCCAUCUUCCCAUUCAGAAGGAAAGUGAAGGAAACGGGACAAACCCAGUUUCUAAUUUUCAGAUCUUUGAAAAACAAAGCUAGUUUUCGGUAACAGCUGGUGGUAGCCAUGGAGAGGGGGAAGGGACUCUGUUACCUCGUUUGGUUCAUUCUUUGCAACCAACUGCUUGUAGGAAUGACAUUGGCCAAUGAUCAUGGAAACCCAGCAAAUGAGCUUGUUGAUAUCAUUAAUGGAAACCGAACAGCACAAAAGCUUCCAAGACUGAAAAACAGUGCUGGUCUUGGGUGCAUGGCAUUGCAAUAUGUGGAGGAAUGCUCAGGAAACUGCACUAGUAACAACACUGUAAGCUGUCAACCUCCAGAAGAUGACUUCACUGAGGUCUUUGCACCCAACUGUGGAGUAGAGCUACCUACCUUUGACACCAUAUCAGGGCACAUAGUAGGAUGCCAAUCUAAGUAUUUCGAUCCAUCACAAGCCUUUUCUCACAUUCUUGUUCGAGAUAAGAAGACCCUGUCAGUUGUAACAAGUAAGGAACACACUGAAGUUGGAGUAGGCUUGAUGAGGACCCACAAAGGGCCUUUCUUUUGGAGUGUCUUAUUUAGCAGUGGACAGACAAAUUCAACAUUUGUUCUUGAAGGAGGUGGAAGAGGCAUCCAGCAGAAGACAGGUUGCUUCAGUGGAACAAGCAUUCAAUGCAGUGGAGGCGAGAAGAUCCAUUCCUUCUUAAACACCAUCGUCAGUGUGAUAUUGACAAUAUUUAUCUGUUAUAUCUGUGCUCUUUUUCUAUGACAGCAAAAACUUUACAGUGAGUAAAAGAUACCUUUUCACACUCA